CCGAUCGUGCCGGAACAUCGAAUGAAUAAAAAGUGCUUUCGGGUUCUCAUCGUGUCGGUUUUUUAUUGACUUUGAGAAAAAAAAAUCCUGCGUUGUAAUUUUUAUUCAAGUUCAAGAUCGGCAGCAUGACAAGAAUUUUUACAUUGAAGGCAACCGCCUGGAGCGCUUGCAGAUCUUUUCACUCGUCCAAAGUUCUUACCGCGACGCCAACGGUCUCGGAUGGCCAACAUCACGAACAAAGGCAGAGCUACAUUCACCACAUCGGCAAGCAACCACUGGUCUAUCGAAACGUCGGUCAACAUUUACGACUAGCGGCUGAAAAGUUUCCCAACAACGAAGCCAUCGUAUCAUGCCACGAACAAAAAAGGUUAACUUAUUCCGAAGUCCUCGAAAAGGUAGAUCGAUUAGCGGCCUCAUUCUACCAACUGGGACUGCAGAAGGGCGAUCGUGUCGGUAUUUGGGCACCCAACGGAACCCAGUUCUAUCUGUCCACUCUGGCCGCCGCACGCGCAGGGAUGAUUUCGGUCGGUAUCAAUCCUGCCUUCCAGAUUCCAGAGCUUGAGUACUCACUGAACAAAGUGGGAGUUAAGGCGAUAAUCUCAGCCGAACGCUAUCGUUCCCAAAACUAUUACGAAAUGCUAUCUAACCUUGCUCCGGAACUGAAAAGCAGUCCUGUGGGUCAACUGAAAAGUUCAAAACUGCCUUUUUUAGAAACCAUAAUCGCUGCUAGUGACAGCGGUAAACCUCUGCCUGGUACAAUAUCCUUUGAAGACCUGUUCAGUCUGGGUACUGAUGAAAGCACCUCCCAAGUAGAGACUCUACAAGAGAAAAUUUCACCGGAUAGCGGAGUUAACCUACAGUUCACUUCCGGAACUACUGGUCAGCCGAAGGCAGCACUGAUGUCGCACUACGGGUUCGUGAACAACGGAAUCCACAUCGCUCAGCGCAAUGAGUUUGAUCGGAAACAGCAUCGAAUCUGUCUGCAGGUUCCGCUGUUUCAUGCCUACGCUAUGGUGAUUGGUGUGGUAACGGCUAUGACCUUCGGGACGACAAUCGUUGUAUCAGGAGCUGGUUAUAACCCGCAGGAAUCUCUUGAAGCCAUCAAGAAAGAGAAAUGUACAGCAAUCUACGGCACACCGACAAUGUACGUGGAUCUGAUUAACAAGGUACGGGAGACUGGUUUCAAAUUGCCAUCCGUAGAUUUAGCCGUCACCGGAGGAGCCACAUGCUCGCCCAAACUUUUCAAGGACAUCCUGAACGUUUUGGGAGUUCAAAAGGUGAAAACAGUUUUCGGAAUGACGGAAGCUUCGGCGGUCCUGUUUCAGUCACUGUACGAAGAUAGCACAGAGGAUAUACUGGAAACCGUUGGUCACCUAACAGAUCACUACGAGGCGAAAGUUGUAGAUCUGGAAGGAAACACCGUUCCAAUGGGAGCAUCUGGUGAGCUUUGGGUCCGUGGCUACGGGACGAUGCUGUGCUAUUGGAAUGACGUACAGCGUACGAAGGAAACUCUCGAUGUGGACAAGUGGCUACGGACAGGGGAUCAAUUUAUCCUGCGUGACGAUGGCUACGGAAAGAUUGUAGGUCGAAUCAAGGAGGUAAUCAUCCGAGGAGGAGAAAAUAUUUUCCCUAGAGAGAUUGAGGAUUUCUUGAACACUCACUCGAAGAUACUGGAAACACACUGCGUAGGUGUUCCGGAUGAUCGACUGGGGGAGGAGGUUUGUGCCUUUGUCAGGCUAAAAGAUUCCUCUCAAUCGCUGGACCUAAGCGAACUGAAGGAGUAUUGUAAGGGUAAAAUUGCACACUUCAAAGUGCCAAAAUAUUUGAGACUUGUGGAGCAAUAUCCCAAAACAACUUCGGGAAAGAUUCAGAAGUUUAAGCUUGUUGAACUGUUUGAAAACAGUAGAAAAUCUGAUAUGAUAUGAGACGCUUUGAUUUUGUUAACUAGAGUUUCUGUUGAUAAAUGUUUUUAAUAAAUUAUUGUAUAAAUGUAGGGCUAGGCUUAAAUGAUAAGAAUGUGAUAGGAAGGCUGUGGGUUAACGUAACAGUAGCAGCUGUACAGAAAGGGUAUUACACAUGAUUGUUACUCUUAUAGCUUAA